AUGGGGUUCUAUGUUCCACGAUGGCAGCCCCCAUCGUGGGUUAAGUAUUCUGCGCCUUUCAUGUUGCUAGCUCUGAUUACAUAUUGCACCUGGGGUUUUGCGCAUAGGCUGUGUUAUGAUCAGCUAUUCAAGAAGCUAGGUCGCCAAUCAGUUGCCAUUGGUCUCAUUUGCGUUGUUACAUUUCUAGAUGCUUUAUUGGUAGUUCUAUGGUGUCAAAUCAAAAUUAUAGGGCCAGGUAGACUGCCUAAGGUACCGCCUUACAUGAUACUUCCAGAAGACUCGGUUGAUUAUCGAAGCAGUGAGACAACGACAAUGAUUCCGUCGCUGAUACCGCCUUUGUGCUAUCAAUCAGGGCCCAAUGGGCAGCCAAUCUGGUGCAAUGAUUGUGCAAGUGUCAAAACCGAUAGGGCACAUCACUCUACGGAUUUGAACUAUUGCGUUCCACGGUUCGACCACAGAUGUGUCCUGCUGUGUGCCGUUAUUGGGAAAGAUAACUAUCGUCUGUUUCUGCAAUUUGUGAUGUACAUGGCUCUUUUGGCCGUUAUCGUAGUGGUCUCCAUAUGUGUGUUUCUCAGGCAGAUUCGUAAGGAUCUGGACGACAACUUGAUAGCUAUCCUAGCAAUUACAAUUUGGGGAUACGUGAUGAGCGCAGCAAUGCUUUCUACUCAUAUUUUGUGCAUCAUGAAGAAUAGGACGACAGUCGAGGUUAUGGCUCGAAGAAAAGCUCAUAGUAAACUCAGCUAUUGCUGCUACUAUAACGUUAAAGAUGGCUGCCGCUAUGUUGUACAGUUAGAAAGGGAUGAAAGCAGUGACUUGUGGCGUAAAAGACCACUAUGGCGUAAUUUCAGUGACUUUUUGGGCCCCAAUGUGCUAUUUUGGUUUAUACCUAUAGGCUUUCCAAACUCAAAGCAUCGGGAGCUGGAGGCAAAUAAUGAUGGUUAUCCAACUCUGCCGACGAUUUUGGGUCGCUACUACGAAUCAUACGGUGACGAGGGCAAAGAAAUGAUAGAAAAGAAGAUCGCAGAAAAUCAAUAUGUUACAAAAUUCUAUGCUUAUGGGGAUAGGUACCAUCUAAUUAAUUAA